UAAAUUCAAGACUAUUUAAUCGUAAGGAAGAUGUUUCAAUAAAUCUUGAAUCAUAUUACAUAAAAUUAUGUAUUUGUGAUCUUGAACAUUCAUUUGAGAAUGUAGCGUUGCAUCAACAUACUAAUACUGCGCUACAACUCCCACGUUCACCGUUACCGAGAGAGUACAUAGAAGCACCAGUUCAAUUUCUACAGACAAUUUGAGAACCAUUAUGGUCAGCUGAUUGACCUCUCACUGACACGUGCUCUAUGUAAUGUACUGUCUGGUCAACUCAAUCAGACAUUUUGCUUCAGAAACCUGCUUUAUCUCUCCAACUAUCGUCCAUAUGCCGUAGCAAGACUGUCCUCGUAAAAUUCUAUCCGUUGUCAUGGUCACGGAUUGCACGACAAGUUUUCUAUACUAUUAAAGAAUUGUAAAAAUGUUUUUUGGGGUUCUUGAUGCCUAAGAGACAUCCCCAUACACAUCUGAGAGGGGGUUCCGUGUCGCGUGUUCGGUGUAACUGUAAGUACUUCUUGCACUUGAGGAUAGAUUGCUAAACAUUUUGAAAUACCAAGACUCUUAUAUGUACUUAGAACAACUGUACCAUCACACGAGUAUCGAAUCCACUUACUCCUAGUUCAAAGUCAUUCAAAAAGUCGGAACGGUCGGAAUAUGCUAGACGGGCUAGUUUUUGCGAAGUAUGUAGAAUGACAGAGCAGUUAACAGUCCCAUAAACCGAACCAUGUUAGACAGUUUCUGAUUUACAUCUAUAUUAUGCGUUAUACCACCUGCAGGGUAUACACUACUUCCAUUUUGAAAUUCUGUAUAUGCACAAAACUCACAAUGAAAAAUGAUCUGGAUAAUAAGGAAACAUAUAUACGUAAUAGAAACCCCGUUGAACUAGUGAGAAUGAAAAGGGCGAAUUCUGCGUAGAUUCAUCGCAGGUAGUAUUAUCCGUCGCUUAAACUUCAGACAUGAGACACAUCAUUCAUUGAAUUUGGCCGGGAAUAGCUGCAUGUUAGGCCUAGUGUGGAAAGCUUUCUGAUAGGUCGGCCAUUCACAACACACACUCACAAAAAAAACAAAUACAUGUAUAUAUACAAAGCGGGGAAGUUGUACUAUUGCAGCGUAGAGAUGCGGUGAAUCUGAGGAUAAACUAAAAGCGAGUAUGUUUUGACAUGAAACAAGAAGAGAUCAUUCAUGUGUCAUAAGUGACUUGUUUUUCAUUUAUUUGUUUUUAAAUACCGGAUAUAGCAGAGUCAGUUAAAAGUCAAUUAGCAGCCGUGUGCCAUGUGAUGAAAGGAUAUACUACCUUGUUGGUCAAUAAAGAACCUGGAUAAUUAACCUGGAUUUGGUAUUCAGAUACAUACCCAGGUUAGUCACUCAUUAGUUUCACAGUGGGAAGAGAAAUUGGACAUGAUUGACAGGCAGGUCACCUUUCACAGUGAACAGUAAGAGACAGUAAACCUAGCAUGGAAAAACAGUACCAAUUGGAGUAAGAUGAUAGAUAAGAACCAGCGUGCCUUCCCUUGCAAUAUAUAGUAGCUUCAGGUGAUUUGCUUUGAUGUCACAACCCUUCAGGUUUUAGGUCAAACAUGCCCCGAGCCAACCUAAAGCUUUUGGUUGCAUGUGUGGGCAUCUCCAUUCUUCUAGUGACUGUUUACAACCUUGGGAAAUGUGACUUUACCAGGAAUGAUGUCAAUUCUUACAGGGAUGAGAAAUUGCCUUAUCUUGUCAACGAGUUCCAUGAUUCAAAGGGAUUUCAGCCUAGAGCAGCUCAGUCCUACACUCACUCCAAGGGGACGAAACCAAUUAGAUUCGAGGAAAUUGAGUGUGUCAUUAAUGGGGACAGCACAGUUAAAGGAAUAAAGGAUGGCAGCGAAGUUUACAUGCCAUUUUCAUUCAUCCAGAAAUAUUUUGAGGUGUAUGGCUCUCUUGAGACAUCGGAUGGAUAUGAGAGGUUUUCCUUUCACCACAGUUACCAGGAUGAUUUCCCCACUGACCCCCAGCCAAAAUACUCCCCCAGUGGAGUUUUCAUGUCAUUCGAUCUGUACAGUGUGGAAGACCGAAACAGGGUUAAAUGUGUCAGUGGUAUCGAAGGUGUUCCAAUAUCAACACAAUGGGAUCCAAAAGGCCACUACUACCCUAUACAGAUAGCACAGUAUGGUUUAAGUCAUUACAGCAAGCAAAUUAACCGGCCAAAAAACAAGGUCAAGAUUCUAGAGGAUGGGGAACGGACAGACCUCUCUGAUUGGCUGCUUCCUGAUCAAACAUCAGAGAUCCGCAGUAAACUGGAUGAACGCAUAUCAUUGGAUAAUGGAUUAGUUGAAUUCAGAUCUUCUCCAAACUUAAAAAACCCAGGAAUUACCAUAUCAACAAAUGAAAAGAAGUUAUCUACUCUUUCUAUGGAUCUCAAAUUUAUAAACAAUGGCAGUGUAACUGUCCUUAUUCAGAUGGGAGAUGGGAACUUGUUUCGUAUUCACUAUGUGCUCAGUGACACUGUAAUGAGAUUAGAUGGCAGUCGAGACCUCUAUUAUGGACUUGGAUCUUCCAAGAAAGGAAAUUGGUUUCACUUCACAAGACUAGUAAUGGUAGAUUUCCAGAAAGGACUAAAUUUACAGUAUUCAAAAUCCCGCACAACAAGAAUGAAAAAUGCUGCGCGUAUUUCCGCCAUUAGUGUUCGCGGCCAUGGUUUGAUGGAUAAUGUCACCCUCUCGGCUCAUGCGCACAUGGACUUGUUUUUUGAUGCUGCGAAUUACCUGGUGAGGCAUCAAGAUUCCAGGGGUGGCUGGCCAGUGAUGGUGCCUCGUAAACUGAUUCCAGAGGUCAUGGAGCUGGACCCUGGGUGGUAUUCCGCCAUGGGACAAGGUCAGGCCAUUUCUCUCCUUGUUCGUGCGUACAUUGCCUCCAAAGACAAGAAAUAUAUAGAGGCUGCAGGCAAAGCCCUUAAUAUUUUUGACAUUCCAAGUUCCCAGGGUGGAAUUACUUCCAAAUAUCUCAACUCAUAUAGUUGGUAUGAAGAGUACCCCACAACACCCAGUAGUUUUGUGCUCAAUGGAUUUAUCUAUUCUUUAAUCGGUCUGUAUGACCUUAAAAAAGUAGCAACGGGCAGGAUUAGUGAAAAAGCAGAAGAACUAUUUGACAAUGGCAUGAGAACCUUGAAAGUCAUGCUUCUCAUGUUUGACACUGGUACAGGAACAUUUUAUGAUCUUCGUCACAUCACCGCUAGCCUGGCCCCUAAUCGAGCAAGGUGGGAUUAUCAUAAGGUUCACAUCAAUCAGAUUCUCCUACUGAGUGAAGUAGACAGCGAUCCCUUGUUUUCCAGUACUGCAGAACGAUGGAAGGGCUACAUGAAAGGAAAGCUCUCACCUCACAACUAAAAAUGCAAUAUUUUGUUUGAAAUAGAUUUUUUUUAUCAGUAAAUGUGAUAUUGUAUUAUAAGAGAUAUGGUGCCAUUAUACAUGUACAGUUGAUCAGUGGAAGUGGUGCUGUUGUAAUGGUACUGGGCAUCUUCGAUCAUUCCAUCUCCCGUUUUUCUUAUUAGGGCUGUAACUUAUUUAUAGUCAGAAUAUUCUAGUUUGUUGUUGGUGCUUUUAGUUUUUAUGUGAUAUCAGUUUAAACAAAGUUUCAAAAUGAAACAGAUUUUUUUUAACAUAUUUAUGCUAUAUGACACAAAAUCCAUUUUUGGAAGCACAUACAUGUAUGAUCCAUUUUUUGUUUUGUUUUUAGUAUGAUAUUAACAUUCCAAAUACAAUGGUAAAACCCUUAUAUAAAUUCUUACUAUUCUUAUGAAAGUGAUGGCAAAAUGUGCAGUAAAGAUGUGCUUCCAAGAAUAUUUUUCCUUACAACAAGAUGGUUUAAUUACAGUAGGUAGAGUAACACGGUCGUGAAUAUGUUUGUAUGUACAUCCAUGCCUUACUCGGUAUCUAGUGACAAGGGAGGUGUCUGUGUUUGGGAUCCAAACUGAUACCAAUAAUUUUACUUUAUGAUUUACAUAGCUACAUGUAAAUAUGUUGAUGUAUAUUUUUUUUUAAUGCUUUGACAGUGAGUCAUUGAACAGAAAACACAUGUAAAAGUAUUGAUUAUACGAUUCAUAUCAUAUUUAUGGACAUUAUACAAAUAGAUGCAUAUGCAUUUUACUCACUUUUUUCUUUGCUUUUGUAUCACGUGAAUAAUAUCUAUGUAUAAUAUCUAUGAAUCUAUGCAAUCUGAUCGCCAGCUAGGUACAGAUAGACAGGAAUAUAAAUACUUGUAUAAAUGUACACUUACAAGUAUUCGCCUAUUUCACUUGCUUAUAAAUAAAAAAGUAUUCUAUUUUCUUCUGUAAUGAUGUUCUCAGAAUGAUAAUUUUGUGUAUAUUUUGUUGAUUUUUCUAUUCAUAAUUUUAGUUUUUCUUUGGCACGAGCCAGUCAGCAAUCAACCUGUAGCUAUAAUACAGUGGUAACUCUUCAGAUUCACCUGGGGAGGUGUUUGAUUCAGAAUACCUUCCAGUAGUGAAGCAUAAGAUGUUCCUACCAUUUGGGGCAUUAGCAUACUAACAAGCAAAUGAGCAUUUAAAAUUAGGUAUUUCAAUGGUGCUUCGGUUUUUGCUUGGGUGAUAAACAUGAUUAAAUCGUGUCAGUGUGUCUUUUAUGUUCACAUUCCAUAUCUUGGUUGUCUUGUAUGAAUGAAUAUCUUGUGUCCUAUAUCAAAAUGAUUUCAUAUAUUUUUGUAGCUUAAAUGUAAAAUGUUAUGUAAUUUGAUGGACGAAUUUUUGGUGUGGAUGUGUGAAACCUGGGUAUAUGCAAUUGUGAAUGUGUCUUCAUGAACAUGAAUUAUCUGCAUUUGUUAUUACAUCACAGUUGGCCAUUGUCAUCAAAGCAUGUCUCCCAUAGAGAAAUGAAGACAAGCAAAUAAAACUAUAAAAACCUGA